AUGGCUGUUGGUCAUCUUCUUGUUGGUGUGGUUAUGGCUCUGUUGUUGUCAGUGGCCAGGGGCAUAUAUGUAAAUUCAGCAGGAGAAGGGUAUUUAUCAGCUGUGGGAGACCCAGGGAUGAGGAGGGAUGGUCUUAGGGUGGCUAUAGAAUCUUGGAAUCAAUGUAAUGAAGUUGGGGAAGAAUCUCCUAAUAUGGGGAGCCCAAGAGCUGCUGAUUGCUUUGAUAUCUAUAAACCACAACAAGUCUUCUCCACAAGAGAAAACAACUGCUCAACCUGCAACUCAACAUCCCCAUACAAACUCCUCCACAGAGUUACCGAAAGAGACAACAAAUUAGGCAUCGGGAAACCUUUCCAAGGGCUCGACUGGAAGUCACUCAACAAUGUCGACCUUUACGCGGCACAAAAGGAACUCUACCUCGGAAAAAAAUGUCAGGUGGACGAUAAACCGAGCCCUUGGCAAUUUUGGAUGAUCAUGCUCAAGAGUGGCAAUAUGGACACAUACGCAGCUAAGUGCCCGAAAAACGGGCUUAAAGUGGGCCCGUUCGGGCCAAGAACCCAAUUCCCAUGUUUCGGCAAAGGCUGCAUGAACCAACCGUCGAUUUACCACAACUACACGUCGUUGCAAGGGGAUAAUUUGCUCGAGGGAAGUUUUUACGGGUCGUGGGAUUUGAACUCUGAUUGGAGGCAGGAGAAGAACAUUUCGUAUUACUCGGUUACUUGGGAGAAGGAGCUCGGGAAAGGGAGUUGGGUUUUUCGACAUGUUUUGAGGACAUCGGUUAAGUACCCGUGGCUAAUGCUUUACCUACGAGCCGAUGCCACGAGGGGGUUGUCCGGAGGGUACCACUACCCGACUCGGGGGAUGCUGAAGAUUAUACCGGAAUCGCCAGAUUUCAGGGUUCGGUUCACCCUCAACGUGACAGCUGGUGGUGGGCCCCACAGCCAGUUCUACCUGCUCGAUAUCGGCGGCUGCUGGAAGAACGACGGCCGGCCGUGCGACGGUGACGUGGCAUCCGACGUCACGCGGUACAGCGAGAUGAUAAUCAACCCGAGCACCCCUUCUUGGUGCAGUCCCAACGACCCGAGACUCUGCCCGCCCUCCCACAGGUUUCCCAACGGAACCCGAGUGGGCCGGCACGAAAAGGCCCGAUUCCCUUACGAGGCCUACCACUUGUACUGUGCCCCGGGAAAUGGGGCCCACGUGGAGCAACCGAGCACGCCUUGCGACCCGUACAGCAAUCCACAGCCGCAGGAGAUCGUGCAGAUACUGCCUAAUCCCGUUUGGGGUGAUUACGGUUAUCCAACGACCAAAGGAAAUGGAUGGAUUGGAGAUGCAAGAACUUGGGAGCUUCAUGUUGGGAGGCUUUCACAAUCUCUUUACUUUUACCAGGAUCCAGGGACUUUACCAGCUAGGAGGCAAUGGACAUCCAUUGAUCUUGGUGCAGAAAUAUAUAAAGAUCCCGAUCAGGUGGCAGAAUGGACCGUUAGCGAUUUCGACAUUUUUGUACCGAGAAAAUAG